GGAUAAUGGAUGGAAACUGAUCAAGGAGAGAUUCAACCUUGAAGAAUUGAAAGAAACGAAUCAUGCCUGAACCAGUUACUUUGUACAGUAUUAAGAGAAUUGGAGAAGAUAAUUUAGCCUUUGAAUCAAAUGAGUCACAUAAUGACAUCAGCAAAGCAAAGCAUUUUGGUGGGAAGAAUGAAGCCUCUUCAAAGAACAAUGCAAAGGAACACAAGAUACCAGACAAGAAAAGAGAUGAGAUUCGAAUUGGAUUCUUUCAGCUGUUCAGAUUUGCUUCUUCGGCUGAGAUACUGAUGAUGCUUUCAGGGGGUAUCUGUGCCAUUCUUCACGGAACAGCUCAGCCAGCCAUGCUGAUCGUUUUUGGGAUCAUGACGGACACAUUUAUUCAAUACGACAUUGAAAAACAAGAGCUAAAUGACCCAAACAAAGUGUGCAUGAAUAACACAAUCGUUUGGAUUAACAACUCCCAUCAUCAGAAUGUCAGUAACGCAUCAAUAAGUUGUGGGUUGCUGGAUAUCGAAAGUCAAAUGAUCUAUUUUGCAAGUUCCUAUGCAGGAACAGGCUUUGCUGUUCUGGUGCUUGGAUACCUCCAAAUUUGCUUAUGGGUAAUGUCAGCUGCUCGUCAGACCCAACACAUCCGAAAAGCCUAUUUUAGGAAAAUCAUGAGGAUGGACAUAGGCUGGUUUGACUGUACAUCAGUGGGGGAACUCAAUACACGCAUUUCUGAUGACAUUAAUAAAAUAAAUGAUGCUAUUGCUGAUCAAGUCGCAAUCUUUAUCCAGCGCUUCACCACCUUUGUUUGUGGAUUCCUGCUAGGAUUUGUCAGAGGCUGGAAGUUAACCUUGGUUAUUAUCGCAGUCAGUCCUCUAAUUGGGAUCGGAGCUGGCAUAAUUGGCCUGUCUGUGGCAAAGUUGACGGGUCUAGAGUUAAAGGCUUAUGCAAAAGCUGGGGCCAUCGCUGAUGAAGUGCUUUCAUCGAUCCGAACCGUGACUGCGUUUGGAGGAGAAAAAAAAGAAGUUGAAAGAUAUGACAAAAAUCUGGUGUUUGCUCAAAACUGGGGGAUCAGAAAGGGAAUCAUUAUGGGAUUUUUCACAGGCUACAUUUGGUGCAUCAUUUUCCUGUGCUAUGCGCUGGCCUUCUGGUACGGCUCAAAACUUGUCCUUGAAGAAGAGGAAUACUCUGCUGGCACCCUUUUGCAGGUUUUUCUCGGUGUCCUAGUAGGUGCCUUAAAUCUUGGUCAAGCGGCCCCUUGCUUGGAAGCUUUUGCAACAGGUCGAGGAGCUGCCACAAAUAUAUUUGAGACAAUAGAUGAAAAACCUAGAAUUGACUGUAUGUCAGAAGAUGGCUACAAACUGGACAAAGUCCGAGGUGACAUUGAAUUCCAUAAUGUAACCUUCCAUUACCCAUCCAGGCCCGAUGUUAAGAUUUUAGAUCAACUCAGCAUGAUUAUUAAGCCAGGUGAAACCACAGCCUUUGUUGGCCCAAGCGGAGCAGGGAAAAGUACCACAAUUCAGCUGAUCCAGCGCUUCUAUGACCCCACAGAAGGCAUGGUUACUCUAGAUGGACAUGAUAUUCGUUCCCUUAACAUUCAGUGGCUGCGUUCUUUGAUGGGGGUAGUGGAACAAGAACCUGUCCUGUUUGCCACCACUAUAGCAGAAAACAUUUGCUACGGUCGGGAAAAUGCCACUAUGGAAGACAUCGUCAGAGCGGCCAAAGAAGCCAAUGCUUACAACUUCAUCAUGGAUCUGCCUCUGCAAUUCGACACCCUUGUUGGAGAAGGUGGUGGCCAAAUGAGCGGAGGCCAGAAGCAGCGAAUUGCCAUUGCUCGGGCUUUAGUUCGAAACCCUAAAAUCCUGUUGCUGGACAUGGCUACAUCAGCACUGGACAAUGAAAGCGAGGCUACUGUGCAAAAGACACUUUCCAAGGCUCGUUUUGGACGCACCGCAAUCUCCAUAGCUCAUCGUUUGUCCACAGUGAAAUCUGCUGACAUCAUCGUUGGGUUUGAGCAUGGAAGAGCUGUGGAAAGAGGGAAACAUGAAGAGCUGAUUGAACGGAAAGGAGUGUAUUUCACACUGGUAACAUUGCAAAGCCAAGGCGACAAGGCACUCAUGGAAACAUCAAUGCAAAUAUCUGACCCAAAACAUGAAAAAAUACAGCCUUUCAGCAGGGGAAGCUAUCAAGCAAGCUUACGAGCAUCUCUUCGACAGCGUUCCAGAUCUCAGUUGUCAAACAUAGUCCCUGACCAUCCAGCGUCAAUUGUAGGAUCCUAUUCAGAGAGCAACUGUAGCAUAUCUCACUAUGAAGAAGAUGGAAGACCAUUUAUGAAGGAACGGAUUCAUGAAAAGGAUGAGGAAGAAGUCGCACCUGCUAGCGUGACCAGGAUUUUGAAGUACAAUGCUCCCGAAUGGCCCUAUAUGGUGCUUGGAUCCCUUGGGGCAGGGGCCAAUGGGGCAGUCAAUCCUCUCUAUGCCUUGCUCUUCAGUCAAAUUCUUGGAACCUUUUCAGUGCCUGAUGAAGAAGAGCAAAGAGCUCAGAUCAACGGUGUCUGCUUGCUCUUUGUGGUUGUUGGAAUCGUAUCGUUCUUCACUCAGUUCUUGCAGGGCUAUACGUUUGCAAAGGCCGGAGAAUUGCUUACACGACGCUUAAGGAAAAUUGGCUUCCAGGCGAUGUUAGGCCAAGAAAUUGGUUGGUUUGACGACCAUAGAAACAGCCCAGGGGCCUUGACUACGAGACUAGCAACUGAUGCCUCUCAAGUUCAAGGGGCGACUGGCACACAGAUAGGCAUGAUUGUGAAUUCCUUCACCAAUAUCGGAGUCUCCAUUAUUAUCGCUUUCUACUUCAGCUGGAAACUCAGCUUAGUCAUAACUUGCUUUUUGCCUUUCUUGGCUUUGUCGGGAAUGAUUCAGUCUCGAAUGCUGACAGGCUUUGCAUCUCAGGACAAGAAAGCGAUGGAAGCUACCGGAAGGAUUUCCAACGAAGCCCUUGGAAAUAUUAGGACCAUAGCUGGGAUUGGAAGGGAGAAAACUUUUAUCGAUGCUUAUGAGAAACAGCUAGAAGUCCCCUACAGAGCAGCUAUUAAAAAAGCGAACGUUUACGGCGUUUGUUAUGGCUUUGCACAGUGUGUUUUGUUCAUAGCCAAUUCUGUCUCUUACCGAUACGGAGGAUUUUUAGUCGAAAAGGAAGGACUUCACUACAGCUACGUAUUCAGGGUGAUUUCCUCCAUUGUUACUAGUGGAACCGCUUUGGGAAAAGCAUCCUCUUAUACCCCAAAUUACGCCAAGGCUAAAAUAGCAGCCGCCCGUUUUUUUCAGCUGGUGGAUCGGAUUCCCCGAAUCAGUGCGUACAGUGACGCCGGAGAAAAAUGGGAUCAUUUCCAUGGAAGAAUUGAAUUUCUCAACUGUAAGUUCACAUAUCCAUCUCGUUCUGAUACCCAAGUGCUAAAUGGACUCUCAGUGUCUGUGAAUUCCGGGCAGACCCUUGCCUUCGUUGGCAGCAGCGGAUGUGGGAAGAGCACCUGUGUUCAACUUCUGGAGAGGUUUUAUGAUCCUGAUGAAGGAAAAGUGCUAAUAGAUGGCCGUGACACCCGGCAAGUAAACAUCCGCUUUCUUAGAUCUAAAAUAGGAAUAGUUUCCCAGGAACCUGUGCUGUUUGACUGUAGCAUUGUCGACAACAUUAAAUACGGUGAUAACAGCAGAGAAAUAUCUAUGGAUGAAGUGAUAACAGCUGCCAAGAAAGCCCAAUUGCAUGAAUUUGUGAUGUCACUCCCCCAACAAUAUGAAACCAAUGUUGGGGCUCAGGGGUCUCUACUGUCUCGAGGGCAAAAGCAGCGCAUUGCCAUCGCACGAGCCAUCGUUCGAGACCCUAAGAUCUUAUUACUGGAUGAAGCCACUUCUGCACUGGAUACAGAAAGUGAACAGACUGUGCAGGCUGCCCUGGACAAAGCUCGAGAAGGCAGGACCUGCAUCGUCAUCGCACACCGCUUGUCCACCAUUCAGAAUUCAGACAUCAUCGCUGUCAUGUCUCAGGGAGUCAUCAUUGAGAAGGGCACUCAUGAAGAGCUGAUGGCCCAGGAAGGGGCAUACUAUAAACUGGUCACCACGGGGGCACCCAUUAGCUGAGCUUCUGCACUCCCUGUGGGGGGUUGUGUUCAUUUUCUUAAGGGACGGGCUAAAACCAUUAUGAACGUAUCAACCAGCAAAAGAUGACUGUGCUGUGAUAUCGAAUGAUGCACCUAUGUUGGCACAACCACUUUAAUUGAGAAAGUGAAGCCCUGGAGGCCAGCUUUUGACUGUGCUGUUCUCUCAAACCACUGCAGUUGUUGUGAAGAAAAUGGCAGCCAUCUACUGGAGAAGUGAGAUUAUACAGGAAGAGGUGCUCAGGAACUUUUUCAAUCAUGAAUCGUCCAUGGGUUAUUUUUAUAUCUAUUUCCAUUGCUCCUGAAUUUGCAAUAUCAAAGAAGUACUAAUGAACUUCAUGGUGGAUCCAGAGGGAGGCUCCAUUCAGCAUCCAAUGCAAAUGGCAGCAUGGAGCUGUAUUUCCUACUGCUCCAUCAUCAUCAUCAUCAUCAUCAUCUUGCUGUCAAUGAUUCUGGGUAGUUCACAACAAUCAAAGAAAUGACAAUGAAAUCAAUAAAAAUGAAGAAAAUUAAUGGCAAGAGCGAUGAAGUGAGGGAUCUCUCUCUCCCUUACCAAAGACCUCCCUCACCAAAGAGCCUGGUCCUCCUAGCUUCUAAACAACAGUAGAGUGGGGGACCCUCCACAUCUUGGGGGACCCUCGCUCCAGAGGGCAGGUGCUGCAACAGAGAAGGACGUAUUCACCAUUAUGAUGGGAAAAUAGCAGACACUGAAUCUUACAUCCAUAAAAGAGCACUAUUGAAACUAAUUCUGCGAAUUCUCUAGGGACUCUCUUAUGUAUACAAUGUCUUCUGUGUGUAAUGGUUCUCUACGUAGCGUCAAAAGCACUUUGGCCAGGUUACAAAAUAUAAUUAUUCUAUUCACUGCCAGUGAGACAAUUAUCCAUUGCAAUUUCCCAGAGGGUCGUCAUUUCUUUUGCAGGAAAAAAACCCAAACUCUUUACAAAAUACCACAUGCUUAUUACUGUCCACUAAUCCAGCACCUACAGUAAAUAGAUUGACUGCGUCUCGCUUGUUAGAUGAAUGUCCCAUUAAAGGAUAUUUGAUAGAGAAAGCCUGAUCCCUGUGUAUCGGACAGAAAGAAACAAUAGCAGGAAAAGAAUGAAAAUUCAGAGAAUUAAACAGCAAUGCAGCCCUGCUACUUUUAACGUGCACAGAGAAUUUCUGCGGGAGAUUAAAUCAUGCUUGAGAAAUAGUGUAAGCAGGUGGUAAAGACUAUUAUUAAAUCAAGCAGUUCUACUUUAUUGAAUCCCUUUAUCCAAAGCAGCUGAAUCUACUUUGUCAGUAGAUUCCUAAGGGGCCUUUCGCAGUCUUGCUGUCUUACAUCCUUAACCAGGAGAUCCUUAUGAACCAGACCAGAAUCAUUUACACACAAAAACUUGCAUUCUACUGCCGGAGCUCAUUCUAUAGUGACCGAAACUUCUUUGUCAAAGUCCCCUUAUCUCAAAACAGGCUGGGACAACUCCAGGGGUGUUAUUGACUUAUCUUAACAACCGGUUCACAAAUGUGAGCAACCAUCUCCAUGCGUGCCACCUCCAUGCAUACGCAGAGCAUAAAAAAAGGACAUGAUGACUUCUGGGCAGGUGGGUGGGUGGAGCCUACCACAGCCCCAGCUACCGGUUUGUCCGAACUGGGUAGAACCAGCAGAAUCCCACCACUGGACAACUCGCCAUGGUCAACUUGUCACAGGACAACACUCAGCAGCCGACUCUCCAUGGGUGUUCUGUCCCCACCAACCACAACCAAGCAGACACAGGAGCUGACUAUAUCUGCCAGCAAUUUACUCCUACGACAGAUGUCAGUUCUGGCAACGAACCUGCGAUUGCCUGCCAAGUUCUCUUAUCUCCUCAGACCAGCGUAACUGCAGUUCAGAAAUAAACAGAAGCCAAAGUCUUAGUCUCAAAAUAUUGCAGCCAAAGUUUUCUAGAGUCAGUUUUUGUCCGUCACAAGAAGCUAUAGAGCAGCUCCUCCUGCUUUUAUACCCUGUGGGGUGUGGCUCUGUGACUCAGCACUCUCUAGGCCUGCCCCAGCCCUUCUUUUGUUGUUCCCGUUUCUCCUAUCUGCAAUGCCUGGGAUUUAACCAGGACUGAUUGUCAGCAGCUGAGUCUUGAGGCAUUUCCUGGGAGGGGGAAGGUGUGGGAGAAAGAGGCCUCGUCAUCUCCUCCCCCUGGCCUGCCCUCUGGGACCUGGAGCGGAGCCAGAGAGGAAGGUCCUGCAGAGGAAAGCCCUGUCGGCUCUUCCCCCUCACUCUCUGAGUCACUCUCUGC